GAACAGCUGUUCAAUGUUUUGCUUGCUGAUUUCAGGGAAAAACAGUCGAAAAUGCUGCGAAAAUUAUUAUUUAACACACAAGCUGUAUUAAAACAGCCACCAAAGUUGCACCACAUAAGGCACCUGGCUGCAGCCAAGAUUCUGCAACUCGAACAGGCCCACAUUGAUGAGGCCAUCAAGUUGGAACCCACUCUGUCCAUUUUCACACCUGAGAUCUGGCGAAGGGCCCAUCAAACCUUUCGGAAUCACGGCCUGGAAACGGUCAGUUUCCUGAGGAUCGUCACCGGCAACCCUGCAGUGCUGAAGCGGACGCCAGACAAAAUAGUCAACAGCCUGGAAAUCUGGAGAGCCUGCCAGUUCGGCGAGCAUCUUCUGCACCUGCUGCUCACAAAGUAUCCCGAACUACUGGACAUCAGCGACUCCCACCAGUUGCUGUCACACAUUGGCUUUCUGAAGAGUCGCGUGUCCACGAGCAAAAACGUUUGGAAACUGCUGAUGAACAGUCCGGAUCUAAUAGCCCAGCCCGAGGAAACCGUGGAGGAAAAGCUGAAUUUCCUCAUAGAUGUGAUGCGCAUUGAAGUUCCGGAGGUUGUGAAAUCAGCAGCCCUUAGCCUGCCCUUCGAGGAGUUGCGCUGUCGCCACGAGUUCCUGGUGCGUUUGGGCCUUUUCAAGCCCCGACCUCCGAAGGCCGAUCCCAAUGAGCCCACCUCGAACCACAAGCUGUAUCAGAUCACGGACACUUCCGAGAAGAGUUUUGCCACAAAGAUAUGCCAUGUCACCCUGCCGGAGUACGAGGCCUUCAAGGAACUCUACGCCAAGGAACUGGAGCGAAAGUCCAGAAAAGCAAAGGAGGAGGAGGAGCUUAGCGACGAAGACGAAUAGAUUGGGGUUAAGAGUUAUCCGUAAGGAGAGCCGCACAAAUACAUAAUGUAUGUGUUAUAGUUAAUAGAAUGGUAACCUUCUGGGUGCAGAGAUUAUUUAAAAUCCAUCUGUAUCCUAUGUGAUCUUAAGUUGGAUGCAGUGCGGCGAGGCAAAAGGAACCGCAGGAAAGGAAUCCUGCGAUUUAAUUUUAACGGAAGUACAUUUUAUUUUAAAGUUUUUAAUACACACUGGUGGUAAUAAAAUAUGGCUCAUUCUGGGGCCUCUAAUAAAAAGCUAA